AUGUUCAGUUCAUCACUUCGUCAACGAUCUGAGUGGUCUCCGGCGCUCGCCCUUUUCGCUCAAUCUCCCUCAAGAUGGAGAGAAACAAACCUCCUCGGGCAUGACCUCGAAUUCACAGUUCAAUACUCGGCCAGCUCCUCGCUAACCUAUCGGAUGGUGCUCAUCUCGGCAAAACAGGUUGGUACUGACGACGCAACGCGCAGGAUCAAGCAGCUUCCCAAACACGGAACCGAUAAGAAAGCUGUCGUGCUUCUGAUGCAAGGACAUGAUGCCAUGUCUUCGUUUAUGAGACUGCAAAUACACGCUGGCCAGUUUAUUGACCAUCUCGAUGCAUUGAGAAGGCCCAGCACGAUUGGCAUGAACGGACUCGCCCAAAUUGACCGUCAUGCGGUCCAGAAGGAUCUUUUGCGUCACUGUGUUUCAGGGACGCCUCUAUCAGUGCAACAGGUAGAUGUACUGUUAGGUUCAGUCAGACAUCUGAGGGAGUUGGCCAACAUGGUGCAGACCCGGGAAGGACAAGAGACCAUCUGCAGGCUCUUGGGCGACGCCGAUGGUCGCAGCUUGAUUGAGCACUUUACCAACGGCCCGAAGUUCACGUAG